UCGGGAACUGUCAAUGAUAGUUCUUACUCUUGUUCCACCAUGAUUGUUGGGUCAUCAAUUUGAUCUUCCAUUGUCGAUAGAUCUUCGAUUUCGUCUUCGACUUCCUCUCUAUGGUCCCCAUUAUCACAAAUCUAUCAGAUCUUGAAUUUUGAAAAAACUCAACUCCAAAACUUGAUGGCUGCGGCGCAAAAAGAAAUGAUGUUAAUGAUGUGACCAGUCUCACCAAAGACGCGCCGUAAACAAUAAGGAAUACUGGUACAAUUUGCGUUAAGCGGGUCCCCACUCAGUGAAACUACCUCCCGCCUUCCACAACCAAUGAUCCCAAAGGAAAACGAAAUCCAGAAACUUGGAAUUCGGAACCUUACGUGAUCACCCUUCUUCUCUAUCUUCUUUUCCUGAAUAAAUUCUUACCAUUUUAAAUCAAUUUUCACUCUUCUGUUUCCCAGUUCUCUCUUUUGCAUUCAAUUUAAUCCAUUUGGAGUUGAAACCCAAAUUCGAGAUUGAUUGUAUACAUUGAUCAAUUGAUCAAUGUUUGUACUCGGGGAAUAAGAGUUGAAUCGUAAAAUACAAAAUCUUUUUUCGAUUUGGGAGGGGAGGAGAUAGAAACACAGAGAGGGCGCGCGCUGCAGCAAAGAUGAUGCUGCAGUAUAGUGGUUUCUCAGGGCUUAAGACCAAAAGGGUUGUAUUUGAAAACGUAUUCAGUGUGCUUGAUUCUGUUAGUCUCGAACAUUUGAAAGAACUAACUGCAAGGCGUAGAUUAAUUGAAGAAUCGAUUAAUGCGACCAGUUGCAUCACAGAAGCUACUGCAAGGGAGAUGUCCGGAGGGCUGACUUCUCGUAGUCAACAGGAUAUCCAGAAACUGGAACAAUAUUUGCCAAUAUUGGAGAAUUUCAUGGUCCAAGUUGAUUCGAUUAGUCGAAACAAAAAUUUGUUAAUUUCAGAGCUGAGAAUACAGUGGAGUAGCACCCUUAGUUCAUUGAGGUUUAGAUUUGGUGGUCCAAAGUUUUUCCAAAUCAAUAGUCUGAAUUAUGAACUUGGGAUGUCUCUUUUCCUAUAUGGUGUGACUAUCCGUGAGCGGGCUUUUGAAAUUCUUUCAGAAGAUAUGCAGCAGUCCGCCAGCCUUUUGAGAAAAGCUGCUGGAGUUUACAACUAUUUGAAGGCUGAAGUCCUUCCACUGUUGCAAUCUAUCUUGCCUCCGGAGAAGCCACCUGAAACUACAACCAAUGUCGCUUUUGUCAUGAAUAAUAUUUGCUUGGCGGAGGCUCAGGCGAUAGCCAUAAGAAUUGCUGAGAAGCAGGGAAUGUCUGAUGGUGUUUUAGCAAAAUUACACUUUGGUGUUACACAGUUUUUGGGUGAAGCAAGUUCUCUUCUGCAAUCAGGGCCUAGAGAUAUUUCUCGUACAUUUUCAGAGUAUAUAGUUUCAUGCAGUACUCUACAUGAAUUGAGAAGUUAUAGACACCUUGCUGAAAGCUACAAACAGUCAGAGCAAGUGGGAGUCGCUAUUGGCCUACUAAACGGCGCACUCAGUAAUUCAAACACCUUGCCUGUGGAACAGUCUUGGCGAGAAAUUUUCAAAAAUGAAGUUGAUAGGAUCUCCCUUAUGCUUAAAAAUUACAAGGAAGAGAAUGCAUUUGUGUGGAAGCAUAAGAUCCCAUUGGAUUUUGAGCUUCCAUCCUUGGAGGGUAGAAAGGUUGUGAUCGCCACUCCUUACGAGCCUCAAAGAUGGGAAAGGGAAAUUGCUUUCAAAAGAGGAAUCUAAACCAAAAUUACUUGUAUAAUAUAAUUUAUUGUGUAUAAAAGAGUGAUUCUUUUAGCUUCUUGUGUAUACAUACAUAAUCAGCUGAGCCAGAAGUUUUAUGACAGAAAAUAAUCAAAGGGGUUUUUCUCCUGCCUUGUUGAUCUCAUUCCAAUAACUAAAGGACAGGAAAACGUAUCCGUUGGUCGGAGAAGGAUUUCACCAUAAAUAAUGUGAAAAUGUUGAAGCUGGAGCUGUUGACUGAAAGUUGGACGCAAAAUUAAGUACCAUUGAAGAUAGAAUGAUAUCAUUGUUGAUUUUUGAUACAACUGUUUUAUUUUUUUUACCAUUAUUUCCAUUCUUGUUACCAUUUGAAUGUAUCACAACACCAUAUAGUAUAACCAAUUGAGAUUGGCAUGAGUGGUACCCAUGCAAACUCUCGCGGGAGAUUAGUCCACUUGCUGAAGGCGAUUGGGAACUCCUUGUAAUAGAACAAAAAAAAAAAAUUAAUACCAUAUGUUAUGAUUUUAUUAAACACCAUUGUUUCGUUUA